CAUUUAUAUAUUGACGUCACGUGGAAGGAGCACCAAAGCAUUACCAAAAGUGAAACAGCAAGAAAAGGAACCACCUUCUCAAAAUUAUUCCAGAAUUCCCCUACAAGAUUUCAAUUUUCCAUUACCACCGCCACCUAUGCGCGCAUCUCCCAUCUUUUGGGCCUUCUCGUACCUCUUUACAUCCGAUCACUCCCUCACCAGCUGCAAAGACUUCCGGAACCAUGAUGGAGUCCAGAGAUGAGCAGUGCAAUUCCACGGUGCCGCUGCUCUCGCCGGCUGAGGAAGAACAACCGGCGGCAGCAGCUACUCCCUCGCCACACCAAGUGGACUCUAAGUUGGAGACCGUGCUCACCGACAUGGAGUUAACUUACUUCAAUCGCCUCCGGUUGGCUACUUGGAUAGAACUCAAGCUGCUGUUCUAUUUGGCCGCCCCCGCGGUUAUGGUCUACAUGAUCAACAACUUCAUGUCUCUCUCGACGCGCAUCUUUGCCGGCCACCUUGGGAACCUCGAGCUCGCUGCCGCUAAUCUCGGCAACAGUGGGAUCCAACUCUUUGCCUAUGGCCUUAUGCUAGGGAUGGGAAGUGCCGUUGAGACACUAUGUGGCCAAGCUUACGGGUCAAGCCGAUACAAUAUGCUGGGCAUUUACAUGCAAAGAGCGAUGGUCGUGCUCACCGCCACCGGAAUCCCGCUCACCAUCAUCUACAUUCUGUCAAAGCCCUUAUUGCUCCUGCUCGGAGAAUCGACAGAAGUGGCGUCUGCGGCGGCAGUAUUCGUGUACGGUCUCAUCCCGCAGAUAUUCGGCUACGCCUUGAACUUCCCCAUACAAAAGUUCCUCCAGGCGCAAAGCAUAGUCCGGCCCAGCGCCUACAUUUCGGCGGCCACGCUCUGUGUUCACAUCUUGCUGAGUUGGCUAGCUGUGUACAAGUUGGGUCUAGGGUUGAUAGGUGCAUCACUGGUGCUGAGCUUGUCAUGGUGGAUAAUAGUAGGGGCCCAGUUCAUUUACAUAGUAACGAGCCGCCAGUGCAAGCAGACGUGGACGGGGUUCAGCUGGCAAGCCUUCUCGGGCCUGUGGGACUUCCUCAAGCUCUCCACUGCAUCCGCCGUGAUGCUGUGCCUCGAGACCUGGUACUUCCAGAUCUUGGUCUUGAUUGCCGGGUUGCUUCCCGACCCCGAGCUCGCCCUUGACUCUUUGGCUGUUUGCAUGGCAAUACAAGGACUGUUGUUCAUGGUCUCCGUGGGGUUUAAUGCUGCUGCAAGCGUGAGGGUGGGAAAUGAACUAGGGGCGGGGCAUCCAAAGUCAGCAGCAUUCUCAGUGGUGAUUGUGAACUUGGUCUCCUUCAUAAUUGCUGUGCUUGAAGCGGUUAUAGUGAUGGCACUGAGGCAUGUGAUCAGCUAUGUGUUCACAGAAGGUGAGACAGUGGCCAAUGCCGUCUCUGAACUCUGCCCAUACUUGGCAGUCACUCUCAUCCUCAAUGGUGUUCAGCCUGUUUUAUCCGGGGUCGCCGUGGGAUGUGGGUGGCAAGCCUUCGUGGCCUACGUUAACGUGGGAUGUUAUUACGUGGUUGGAAUUCCAAUUGGUUGCAUCCUUGGAUUUAAGUUCGACCUAGGUGCCAAGGGAAUAUGGUCGGGUAUGCUAGGUGGUACGACCAUGCAGACCCUGAUUUUAAUUUGGGUCACAUACCGCACAGACUGGAACAAAGAGGUGGAGAAAGCUAAAGGACGUUUGGACAAAUGGGAAGACAAGAAAAAGCCCCUCCUGAAGAGCUAAUCCUCUAAUUUAGUCGACUCGGUUAGUGUCGCUAUGAAGGCCAAGCCAACUUAUUUCAAGGGCAUCAAACUUUUUUGUUCAGCCAAUAACCUGCACGCACCGUUAGCCCAUUGGCAAUGAACCAUUCAACGAAUAAAUGCUUGAUGAACAAUAACCAUGAUGAGUCGGUCAUCGCCCACAAUGUCAUUGUCUUUCUUGAAACAAAAAAUGCCGAGGCAUCGAGAUUCAACUGGAACGCAAUUGCAUAUCCCAAUUUGGUUUCUAAGUCAAUACACAUUCUAAAACUUGGCUGCAA